UUAAUGGAUCUCAUGUGAAGUACACUGUGUAUUUACCUAUACGCAAUGUAAAGUGAAAUUAAAUCCAAAGCCACAAUGUUCAGGUUUUAUGUGAUCUGUUAGCUAUUAUGUACUUUAACAGUAAUUAUGGUGUUUUUAUCUGUAGCUCAAACAUUGUUUAACACCUUUAUUGUCGACGUCGCUGCGACCCGGUCGUGCGUGUCUGUUACGUGCCGCCGGCCUGCCGGGGCUGAUGAGGUUAUGGCCCCUUUAAGACGCGCGUAGGGGUGUCGGCAAAAUCCUAAUAUACCGACAGUCCACAAAACCGAGGGGAACCAUAGAAGUCACCGGAGGCAAUUUAAAUGGUGAGCCGGUCGCCUGCGCCUCCGAGCGCUCCUGUGUGCUAAAUGCACGCAUCCGUAUAUUUAUACCUGCACUCGAGUCAAUACUGCUGGAUGGUGGCGGCCAUGAGGUUCACAGAAGACAUACGCAGGCUGUUCGGGAUCGGGAUCGGGAUCGGUACUUCCGAGCAAAAGGGAGAGCAGACUGAAUGUGGAAGUGCAGAGAUCUCCAACCAGAGGGCUGAUGACGCUGCUCUGACUCCGGACGGCCUUAUGGGAGAGGAGGGCUUCAGUGAGGAGGAGCGGGCCAGGCGUCGUGCAGAGAGACGCAGAGCCAAGAGGAAGCGACAGCGACAACGGAAGAAGUUGGAACAAGUUGGAAAGAACGAAACUACUGAGCAGGACGAGGAGGAUGAGGAGGACUCUGUGCAGCUGGAGUCCGAGGAGAGUGGAAGUGAAAAGGAGGACGAGGUGGUGAUCUGCAAAGGAGUGCCUAUCCAACUGCUCACAGCUUCAGGGAACAGGGCCCAUCACCAUGCAUCAUGCAGUCCUUGUGAAGAGGACCCGGGCUGGGACGUCAGCAGUGCCUUCUACGCCAACGCUGCCAGCCAUAUCAAGCCGAAGACUCGCUUGGGGCGGAGUCAGGGCUCAAAGGAGAACAAAGAGAACGAAGCCAGGACCAGGGAGGUGGACCCUGCAGAUCUUGCGGCCAAGCGGAGCACCUCGUUGGCCGAAAAGGGCAUUAAGCUGUGGGAAGAGCAGAAGUACACUCAGGCCGUCAGUAUGUUUACAGAAGCUAUUCACUGCGAUCCCGAAGAUCACAGGUUCUUUGGGAAUCGUUCCAGCUGUUAUGAGUGCCUGGGUAACUAUACCUUGGCCCUCGCGGAUGCUGAGGAGUCAAUCCGGCUUGCACCCCACUGGCCCUAUGGGUAUUUCCGUAAAGGACGGGCACUGAUGGGAAUGAAGCAGUACGACAAGGCAGAAGAGGCCAUGGAGCAGGUGCUCAAGCUGGACGCGAACUGCAAGGAUGCCACCUAUGACCUGUACAACUGCAAGCUGCAACAGCUCUUGGAAAUGGGCUUUCAGGAACCACAGAGCAAACAGCUGCUGGAAAAGUAUGCGACAGUGCAAGAUGCAGUCACCUCUCCUGAGGCAGCAAGAAUACUGGAUCUCAAUUCUGUACAGAACCAGUCAGGGUCCCCAUGCGUAUCAUUGUGGGUGGGAAAUGUCACCACAGAUGUCAGCGAGAAGCACCUUUUGAGCCUUUUCAAAACCUUUGGAGAGAUUGAGAGCAUACGAGUUCUUCAUGAACGCUUUUGUGCCUUUGUUAACUUCAGAAACUCCAACAUGGCUGCCCUUGCAAUGGAGAAGCUACAGGGAGUAGAGAUUGAGGACACCAAGCUUGUGAUUCGGUAUCCAGAUCGUCAGAGAGCUGUGCUCUCCUCAGGCACCGUCCCCCUAUCAUCCCAACUGACCUCAGCUGCUGGAUCCAGGCGCAAGGGUCCCAUAAAGGGGGAUGAGUGCUACUUCUGGAGGACCACCGGUUGCCACUUUGGGGACAAGUGCCGCUACAAGCACAUCCCAGAGCAGCGUGGCCGGGACAAGAAGCCCUGGCAGCCAUCAUAGCCCAUUUGCCCCACAAAAGGAAGGGAGAGGACUAUAGAUGAGCAGGACUGGGAUCUCAUACCACUUUGGUAUAAUGCCUGUUAAGACGAACUUCCUUUCUUAUUACCUAAAUUAUUUUUGCACAGUUCCAGCUGGCUGCACAAGUUACAUGUUGUCACAGAGUGCUAGUCACAGUUUGUGAAGACGAUGGUACUGGAAUGGAUGUGGAGACUGUGGUUAAUUGAUAAUUCCAUACUUAAUGGUCAAGUCGCUUACUAACGGUAGCAGUUCAUAUCUGCCAUAGUUAGCUUAACCGGUAUGCUUUUUGCUCAAAUCCAACCAAAGGCAGUCGACAGAAUGAGUAAGAUGUCAAAUCCAUUUUCUAGUUAAAUCCAACCUUCGUUUGUCCAGUAUAGAAACACAGUGGCCCUAAAUGCAAGAUGCCUCCUUUCCUUUGACAUUCGACCUGGAGGGAAGAAAUGGAUGUCACUGGUAGUCCCUUUGAAUGACACCCUUCCCUGUGCCCCUAUGUGUCCGUUUACUUUUUUUAAAACCAUCUUUUACACUAUGCUCCGUUUUACUAUAGAGAAGGAGAAAACAUUUUGAAGGAAUGGUCCUUUUGCACUUCUUAGGCUCCACUUCCAGGUUCUCUUGAACAGUGGAAAGGGUCAACAUUUUCUAAAAAACGCACACGAUCUGUAGUGGCUUUUGACAGCAUAUCCUUUGUCAAGUCGUCUUUCUGCAGGAAGGAUGGAUUUGAAAUGGUGCACUGUAGCUAAGCUAUACAAACAUACGAGUUUCCCUUCAGCAUACUUGCCAUUGGACUGUGUUCGAAUGUCGAUGAAGAGAUGUCAUCUGAUUUGUAUACUGGGUUUCUGUAGGUUUUAUACGAUAUUGAAAAUGUCUUUUUUCACCCUCUGUGAAAAGAGGGGUUAUUACAGUAUUUUAUUUUAUAUGUGCGUCUUCAUAUUUUAGCUUGGGCUCUUGAAUAGGUUUUGCAGCUAGGAGACUGCACUUAGGGGAUUUGUUUUACAUUAUCACCCUUUGUAAUUCUCAGGCCUAAAUGCCCUUACAUCCAUCAACCACUAGAUGUCAGGUUUUGCACCAGCAGGGAUUCAACCUUUAGGUGUUAAACUGUUUACUGUCUUUGAUUCUGCCAAGAAUCGAGUCAGUUAAAUGAGCUGACUUGUCUUGAACAAGUUUAUCAAUGUCAGGAGUUUACAAAGUUGGAAAAUCUAGAGUGUGGCCUCAGGAUUAAACACAGUCCAGGCUCACACUGAAGCAUUUUGAAUGUUAACUGACUUCAAAGUAGAAAGUUUGAAUAGACCCUCAUCUUUAGUCUGUUCAGUCUUUUACUGACUUGUUGUUUCUGUAUCAGAACUCCGAAAUUGAUUGUUAUUGAUUACGCAAACAUUUUUGUUGUCGUGUGUUCACAUUCACUUCUGGGCUUUACAAAAUUGACUUCGGAAGGAUUGACUGAAUCAGCUUCCUGGUUUUACUUUUUUACUAAAUAUUCCUUUAUAAAGUUUCUGGGUUUUUAGGUUCUCAGGAAAAGGGAAUAUGUACCACUCGUUAUAUUUCCACCCUUGUUUAUUUUCCUAUAACAAUAUAUUAUUACUGUUCGGUUAUGUGUCAUGAAAAUAACUACUACUAUGCACAAGUUGCAGAGGACCAUUGGGAGAAUUUCAUACACUAUGACACAAGCACUUGCUGGCGUUGUGCUGUUUGAAAGGAGAGGAAUGUACUGACUUCAUGCUAAUUGGUGUCCAGCUGACUGAGAUGCUAAUGAGUGGAGGAUGGUUAUAUGGGAAUCAAAGAUGCAACUUGCCUUUGCUGUUCACACUCAGUCACUAUGUAUGUAUUUUGCUGUGGUUUCCACAAUCACAACAUGGAGGGAGACAAAACUGGCAUUAGGGUGACAAGAUUAGUGUGAUUGAGCUUAUGUGCAUGAUGUUUCCUAAUGCAUUAUUUGCAGCUUGUUGUUCUCUGGCAUUAAUUAGAAGGCCUCUUCACAGGAGGUAGCUGGAUUGUUGUAUGUGUGUGUUGAUUUUUUUUUUUUUUUGGGGGGGGACCAUAAGUGUCUUGGGGACCUUUCAUAUAAAGCAUGUUGUCAGGUCCCAUUCAUCUUAAUAUCCUGUUUUUCUUGCCUUGCAUGGUCCAGAUCUCAUGUGUUGUCUUUGAGAAACCUCAAACUGGAAGCUGUAAUGGUCAGAAAUGUUUUUUUUCUUAGUAGGCCCUUUGUAUUAGUGAUGCCUAAUGUGUUCUCUGGAUGGAUACAUGUCCUCUUUACAUUGAGUACGGUCCGAAAGAGAGUGGGGUUCUGUAAAACUGCUAAGACAUACACUGCAAAGCCUGGAAUACUCUAUUCUGUAGUCAAAUCUUUUAUUUUUUUUAAAAAUCUUGAACUUUUUUUUUAUCCCUUUUAUUAUAUUGUACUGACCAAAAAGGAGAGUACUUGCAUCUUAUUGCGCAGUAAUCAUCUUAAACACUAAAAUACCAAAUAAGAAUUUCUUUACCAUCUGAUUUAAAGGUCCAGUUUAUUUAUGGGUGAGGAAACUAAGCCAGUUCAAAUGUAAAACUGAAGCUAGCAAUUAAGUCAAUGGGAUCAAAACGUCAGACUUUUUUGUUUUACUUGGAUACUAAAUUUCAUAUUAGUCUUUGUCCUAUUUCUACAGUUCUGCAUUGCAUGGCUUGUUAGGUGUCUCAGAGGUGCAUAUUGUGCCUUGAGAGGAUGAAGAAGCCAGGACCUCCUAUCAAUGAAUAUAAUUUAGAGCAGAGCUUCCCAACCUGGAGCUUGGGGACCCCCAGACAAUAUGUAUUUUUGCUCCCUCCUCCUGCAAAAACGUGGACCGGCUGGGCAUCCCCAAGGACCCGACUGGGAAACACUGGUUUAAAGGAACUGCUCAUAAGAUUUACAUGCCCGGAAGUGUCUGUUCUGAUGACUUGCACAGCUCUGGUGUUAACUCUGGUUUGCUGGGAUGAAGAAUUGCCACAUCACUUCUUUUGGAAUUGGGCUUUUUAAGUCAUCUUUAUUAUUAUUAAUAUUAAAGUUCCUGAGCAAAUCGCUGCAGGUUCUCGUUCACCACAGUGCCUUUUUCAUGAACAACAAAACCACACAAUGGCUCCUUUAAGGUUCUACCUUAUUACAUUUUACUUCAUUAUUCCUACAGAGAUACCGAUUCUCAAAGUGCUUCAGGUUAAUAAUGAAUCUGUCUCACUAAAUGCUCUGUUUAUUAAGUUAAAACUAACUUUUUUCCCAACUGACUUUUUGGGGUAAGGAUUAUUUUUUCUUUUCAAAGUUAUUUAUUUUUUUCCCAUUAUACACAAUUUGUACCAAAGAGUGAAAUAAAAUGUUGUGUUUAGAUUCUAA